AUGUUAACGACAAGAUCCAUCACCAAUUUCCUGGCCCACCGGCCUAUCCAUGUCAUCAUCGCUACCGCCAUCUUGGCCUCGGUAGCGUACUUGGCUGUGGUGGACGAAUAUAUCCCCGAUACUUUGGCUUAUUCAUCCAUUAGUUACUACCAUCCUCCUGGUACCAGUGAUUUCUCCGCAUGGGUGGAGGUGGCAGGAGAUGCUCAUCCUGACGCUGACCAUCUCACGGUGGUACCAUUGAAGUUUUCUCGUACCACCGCAGGACUCCCUGACAUCGCUAAUUCCUUCCAUGGAGUGAAUGACCAUGAAAAGUUCGUGGUAUUGGAUUCUACCACCACCAUUGGAUCCCUUGCCACCCUUGAGGCCCCAGGGGUUACGUGGAAAGCUCGUACCACCAACCGUUUAUCGGUGUACCUCGAAUACCUCAAGCAUACCGUCAAACGGACCCAGAACCUCAUCCAAUUGGCCGAGAGCUUCGACGUAGGUUUGAUCACUGUGGCCUACGUCGCCUUGUGGUACACGUUGAUUAAGGUGUUCUUCGAUAUGAAGGCCCAAGCUGGGUCCAAGUUCUGGCUCGGAUUCUCCACGUUAGUGUCAUCGACCUUCGCCUUCCUUUUCGCCUUAUUUACUGCCACCAAGUUGGGCGUAAGGGUACCAUUGCUCAGUAUGACCGAAGGGUUACCGUUCCUUGUGGCUAUCAUUGGGUUCAAACAUAAAGUUUCCAUUGCGGCCGUGGUACUGAAGAACUCUACGUCCAAGACUGACGUGGUGACCAUCAUUUCUGAUGCCAUCGCCUCCCAUUUGGUGUCAUUGUACCGCGACCAUCUCGUGGUAAUCGGGGCCUUGGGUGCCAUCAUUGCUUACGCCCAUAAUCUUCAAGGUUUAAAGAACUUCUCGGUAUUGGCGGUACUAAUUCUUUCCUACGACUUGGUCAUGGUAUUCACCUUCUUUGCUUCCAUCUUGGCCUUAAAGGUAGAGAUCAAUCGUGCUAGAAGGACGGAGAACUUGAAACGAGUUUUGGAGGAAGAUGGAAUUUCCUCCUGGGCUGCUACCACCAUCGCUACCCACGCCGAUAUUCCUCAGGAUGAAUCCUUCUUGGGCGACAGUGCUUCUAUUAUUUCCUUCAAACUCGCCAUGUUAGGGGGAUUUUUCGGGUUCCAUGGGUACUGGCUUGGCUCAGGGUGGUUGUACAACACCACCGAAGAAUCUACCACCAACAUUUCCCACUAUUUAUCGAAAACUUUAACUAAACAUAUCGACAUUGGACCUCGCGGUACCGUCAUCACCCUUUUAUCGCCCCAACAUUACGUCCCCCUCGGUGCGGUGGUCCAGGCUGAAGAUUUCGUGGUAUCAAUCCUCCACGCCAUCUCCCUGUCCAUUAAGGACACCAUCUUGUCCAAGUUGAUCUUAUUGGCAUUGGUGUUAUCCAUAGCCAUCAAUAUUUACUUCCUUAAUGCCUCCAGGAACCAAGCAGCUACCCAUAAGUUACUUGAGAAGGAGAUUUCCAAGCCCAAGGUCGCCGCGGCUGGUACUAACGGUACCGCGAACGUCAGUAAAAUCACCACCCCACAAACUGCCACCAACGAUACCGCGAACACCGCUAACGGUACUGCGAGACCUUUAGACCAAUGUCUCGCUAUUAUGAAAGAAGGUAACACUCCAUCAUUAUCCAACGAUGAAGUCACUGACCUUGUGGUUGCUGGGAAACUUCCAUUGUACGCAUUAGAGAAACAACUCGCCAACAACGAGAGAGCUGUGGUGGUACGUAGAAAAGCUAUCGCCCUGUUAGCCAACGCCCCGGUAUUAAAUACCGACAAAUUACCCUACGAAGGUUACGACUACGAUAGAGUGUUCGGGGCUUGUUGUGAGAAUGUCAUUGGGUACAUGCCUAUCCCCGUAGGAGUGGCUGGACCUGUCAUCAUCGAUGGUAAACCCUACCACAUCCCUAUGGCCACCACCGAAGGAUGUCUUGUUGCUUCCACCAUGAGAGGGUGCAAAGCCCUUAACUCCGGGGGAGGAGUUACCACGGUUUUAACCAGAGAUGGUAUGACCAGAGGUCCGGUGGUACAAUUCCCUACGUUGACCCGUGCUGGUGCGGCCAAGAUCUGGAUCGAUUCCGAAGAAGGUCAGAAAACCAUCAAGAAGGCCUUUAACUCCACCUCCAGGUUCGCCCGUUUACAGCACAUCCAGACGGCCCUUGCCGGGACGUUAUUGUUCAUUAGGUUUAGAACCACCACCGGGGACGCCAUGGGGAUGAACAUGAUCUCCAAGGGGGUGGAAUACUCCUUGAACUACAUGAUCGAAGAGUGUGGGUUCGACGAUAUGGACGUCAUCUCCAUCUCCGGGAACUAUUGUAUGGACAAGAAGCCUGGGGCCAUCAACUGGAUCGAAGGUAGAGGGAAAUCGGUGGUAGCAGAGGCCCGUAUUCCUAAGGAGGUUGUCACCAAAGUAUUGAAAUCUGACGUUAGGUCGUUGGUGGACUUAAAUGUCAGUAAGAAUUUAGUGGGGUCGGCCAUGGCUGGGUCCAUUGGUGGGUUUAACUCCCAGGCCGCCAAUUUGGUCACCGCGGUGUUCAUUGCCUGUGGUCAGGACCCGGCCCAGAACGUCGAGUCGUCUAAUUGUAUCACCUUGAUCAAUGAGUUACCUGACGGGGAUAUGUCGAUAUCGGUAUCGAUGCCAUCGAUCGAAGUUGGUACCAUUGGUGGUGGUACUAUCUUGGAACCACAAAAUGCCAUGUUGGAAUUAUUGGGGGUCGCAGGGCCACAUCCUACUAAUCCUGGGGAGAACGCUCGUCAAUUAUCGAGAAUCGUCGCUACUGCGGUAUUGGCAGCGGAAUUGUCGUUAUGUUCGGCUUUGGCUGCGGGUCAUUUGGUCAAGAGUCAUAUGCAACAUAACCGUAAGGGAGCUGAAGCUCCAGCACCAGCAGUUUCAGCCCCAGCUGCUCCAAAAGCUGCCCCAGCUGCCCCAAAAGCUGCCCCAGCACCAAAAUCUAAUGGGAAACUCUCAGAAAAUGAUGUCAAUAGAUUAAAAGAGGGUUCUGUCAACUGUAUAAAAUCAUAG